AGUCGCCAGACCGCCGUCGCACGCGUCGCGCGGCAAUAGUUUCUCGCGGGAAAAUUGUGUCGCGCGUAGCCCUAACCCUUCACUGGCCUGUGGUAUAUUCGACCAUCGAAAUGGAUUAUGUGCAUGUAUGUUAGUGAAUACUGUGUGUUGUACAACGCUCCCGGACCCCCUCUCAGCUGCUACUUCCUAUAACCUCCACAAUGGAAGCGACGCCCAGCGUGUCGGUCCCGUGGCUGUCCACCGUAGUCCUCUUAUGUUCCUUCUUCACAGCACAUUCCCUUAAUACUAAGAUUCACGAGCACAUGACCCCCGAUGAGCUUCGGAAUGUCUUCCACGUCGACCACCACAGCCUCGUACCAGAAUACCACCUAGUUCAGCUCACCCACCACAUGGCACGCCGGAACAUUCCAGCAACACACCGUUCCAAUUCACACACACAAAACUCCGGAAAAGUUCCACACGAGAAAUCUUCCAAACCGUGGAAAACGGAAACGAACCUUCCAUCCCUUCUCAACGACGAAAUGUUCGUCAAAGCUAAAGAGUUAAUACAAGACGUCGAUAUAAUAGGUGAUUUAAAUAAUACAGUGAGCGUGCAGUUCGGAGUAACGAAUUCUAGUGAAAUUAGUGAUAGUGAUAGUGAGACCAGUGGUGAUGUACAUAGAAUUGAAUUAGAGGCGUUCGGGAAACAGUUGAAGUUGGUGUUGAAGAAACAAGAGGGGUUGGUUAAGAAGGACGGACUCAGGAUGUGGAAGGCGCUGACGAACGAGUCGCAACCGCACGGCGUUGACUACGAAGAGAUGAUUACGGAAGGCGAGGAGGAUCUGGGAGACCUGUACCAUGAUGAUGAGAACGGAGCCGCUCUGCUUAUCAGGAGACACCCUAAACACGGAAAACUUGUCGUGGAAGGCUCAAUAGGUCACGAUCUCAUCAUCAGGCCGAUCCCCGACUCCAUGACGGGCGUGGCUCCGGACGACGAAAUGUUCCUGGAUCCUAGCAGUAUGGCGGAUAUGGUGUCUAUUGAUACUGGCCUACCACUUGUGAAAAGAAACAAAAACGCCCAAGAAGAACUAAAGAAUAAGUUGCAAGGCGCCCAACAUGUCAUUAUCAAGAGAGGUCCAUCGUCUCAUGACCAUAUGAGUGAUUACGCGUUCAUGGAGCCAGACCACAUCAGCAAGCGGUACCGUCGCAGGCGGUCCGCGGAGGGCCACAGUCGGCAGAAACGGGAGGCCCCAUAUGUUAUAUACCCGGAAAUACUUGUCAUUGUUGAUUAUGAUGGAUACAGGUUACACGGAGGUGACAACUUGCAGAUAAAACGAUAUUUCGUCUCGUUCUGGAACGGAGUAGAUCUCAGAUAUAAGCUGUUGAAAGGACCAAGAAUAAGGAUAUCUAUUGCCGGCAUUAUUAUCUCUCGGGGUCGAGAUGCAACACCGUAUCUAGAAAGAAAUCGAGUUGGCCGUGACGCUAUUGACUCGGCCGCUGCGUUAACAGACAUGGGCAAGUAUCUGUUCAGGGAAAGACGGCUGCCGGUGUACGACAUUGCUGUUGCCAUCACGAAACUAGACAUGUGCAGGAGACAAUACGCGAACGAUGCUUGCAAUAGAGGGACAGCAGGUUUCGCAUACGUUGGCGGCGCAUGCGUAGUAAACAAGAGAUUGGAAAAGGUGAAUUCUGUUGCCAUCAUUGAGGAUACUGGCGGAUUCUCUGGUAUCAUCGUUGCUGCUCAUGAAGUUGGACAUUUACUUGGAGCAGUUCACGAUGGAAGUCCACCACCAUCCUACCUCGGUGGUCCUGGCGCUGAGAAAUGUAGAUGGGAAGACGGCUUCAUCAUGUCGGACUUGAGGCACACGGAGAAGGGCUUCAGAUGGUCACCUUGCAGUGUGCAGAGUUUCCAUCACUUUUUGAAUGGGGACACAGCAACAUGUCUAUACAAUUCGCCGCACGAGGACGACUCGCUGCCGCGCGUGUUGCCGGGCCGCUUGCUAACACUGGACGCGCAGUGCCGGAAGGAUAGAGGCACGAGCGCAUGUUUCAAAGACGAGCGGGUAUGUGCCCAACUGUUCUGCUUCGACGCAGCAAGCGGCUACUGCGUUGCGUACAGACCCGCCGCUGAGGGCUCGCCUUGUGGGGACGGACAGUAUUGCAUAAACGGUCGGUGCAUCACCGAACACGAGAACAUAAUACCGGACUACUCGCAGCACACGCCGAGCUACGUGCGGCCGGAGACGAGUCCGUUCUAUGGGAAUAUAACGAGUAUCGAAGACACAACACAGCCAUAUGUAGCUAGCACACCAGCGUCACCUAUCUACCAACAGAACUAUUAUACAAAUUACCAAAGAAAUACAAACUCGGAAGUCACAGUAACAACAACGACGACAACAGAGAACCCAUACAAUUAUUACUACUAUAGUACACAAGGACCAAAAGAAUACACGGAAAAAGUAACGGAAUUGACAAAACCGAGCGUCUCCUAUCCGCCAUCUUUAAAUCAAUUUUCUGUGUCCACCACGAGAAGCCCGUAUGAUUUCAAUGAAUUUUUCGCGAAAACAACGAAAGCGCCUGAAACGAAGAAAGGUUUCUUCAACAAGGAAGACCUAGAGAGUUACUUUUCGAGAGGUACCACAAAGAAUCCGUCCCCAGACAAGGGCACCAAGUCAAUAUUCAAAUUCGGCACCUACUACUCUCAAGGGAAGUCCUCCGAUAACUCAAUAAGACCAGACGCAAAUUCGCAACAAGUACAAAUUGAACCAGCGAGAUUGGUUUACUCGUAUCAGAGGAAUCUCACGUCUGGAGAGCUUAUUCGAACAUAAAUGUGCCAAAAUACUUAUUGUAGCCGCCACUAGCGAAUCGAGCGGAAAACAAAACAGAAGACUGCUAGCUGGAUAUGACAAACGAAGCAAUGGCGCCAAAUCGCCUGGUCCUGAACCGUCAAAUCCAGUCCUUAUUUUGCAGAUUGUGAAGUGUUCGCAUAUUAAACUUGAAUAUUACCCUUUGAAUUUGUAAUUUGUUUUAUCAUAAAAAUGUUACUUUUUUAUUUUUGACAUAUAAAUGCGCGGCAAACGUUAUGUCACAAAUCAUAACGCUUGUCAAAACAAAAUUGCCAUAAAAUUGUAGGUAGUUGUACAAUGCAGCUUUUCUUAUAACGAAGUAAUAUCAUUAAAAAAAAUUGUUCCUAAAUCAGACUCAUGUGGGUAAUAUUCAAAAUACAGCGGGUAAAAUGUGCGCAAUACUAGUUUGUUUGAAAAAACGUGUCUGAAGACAAUUAGUGUCAGGCAUUGUUCUGUGAGUGAUAUUACAAUGUGAUUGUGUUUUUAAUGGACUUUAAGUACAUUAGCUUGUAACGAUUGUGUAUAAAUACGAUGAACAAGACGAAACAAGAAUUCCUUAACAUAGGUUGAAUAUAUUUUUAGUCUAUGGUAUUUCGUUUAAAAACGGUUGUAAAAUAGUAUUUUUCUAAGAAUAAAAUAAAAGAAACUGCCAAGAAGUGCCUUUUAUGAAUAAUAAAUAAGAUAAUUAAGUCGAUAGCGCUUCUUAUUCUAUUAAGGCCUACGAAUUUGUAUAUUUGAUGUUAUCGAAAAGUUAUUUUAUCUAUGUGCGGUUACAAUUCUUUUUAAAAUUAACUAAGGCCGGACUCGUAUCCACUAUUUAUAAUAAUUAUAAUUUUAACUGACUUGGCGACUGGAUCGCCUUUUAUAGAUAUUUUUUACCUAUUUCCUCUAUGGCACUAAGUUCUACUUGCCAGUGUAAAAUCGAUAGCUUGUAUAAUAUUUUCUUGUUAUUUAUGUGACAUAGACAAAUAAAGUUACCAUAGAUUAGUUUGGCAAUUUUUUUUCACGAACAACUCAGUAAUGUAUUACUUGCCGACUAUUUAUUCUAUUUAUGUAUGAUGCCUUUGUCAUUAAGUAUGUUCUAAGAAAAAAUACAAAAUUAAUUUCUA